AUAGAGGUCAGAGGGUUGAACUGGGCCGUCAGUUUCAAGAUGCUUCGUUCAAUGGUGGGGUUUUAAUUAUUAGUGAACGUAAAGCAAUUAUUUUUUAGAUAACAGUUACCGAGAAAGCAUUACUUUUAUAACGUAACAAACUGAAUUAGCUCUUACUUCAUCUUGUGCAAACAAAGGCAGAACGGUAAUCUUAAUAAAUUGAUUGUUGUUUUCCGUUUCAUCACCAACUUUAAGUACUGUACAGCGUAGUACUUGAUAAUAACUUUUACAAGUUGUUUUUGGGUUUUUUUUUUUUUUUCUUUACUUUUAUGCAAUGAGUACAAGUCAUGCUUGGAAUUAGAGCUCAUUGAUAGUUAUAUUUUGAUUAAAUAAACGAGUCUGUGUUUUAUGCGUUGGAUUAUGCCUGGUUUCAGAGAAAUAGGACUGGUAGGGGCUGGUUUUGCUGUUACAGGAGGCGUUGUUUAUGCCAUCUGGAAUUAUGUGGCAUCGACAAGACGAAAACAACAGACAGCCACAGAUGAACCGAGUGAUGAACCCAAUUUAGUUAGAGAGGUGAAAUCUGCAAACAAACAGAUCCUUGUACUGGGUUUAGAUGGAGCUGGGAAGACCAGUAUCCUGCACUGUCUGGCCACCGGGACAGUGAAAAGAAAAGUGUCCCCCACUGAAGGUUUCAAUGCUGUUUGUAUCAAUACAGAAGAUGUCCAAAUGGAAUUCCUAGAAAUAGGUGGAAGUGGAACAUUGAGGACAUACUGGCACAUGUACCUCAAGAAAGCCCAGGUGCUGGUGUAUGUCGUGGAUUCUGCUGACCCGAGCCGAUUUCCGGCAGCAAAGAAGCAUUUGCAUCAAUUGAUCAAAGAAGACGCCCAACUUCCUUUAGUGGUGUUACUAAAUAAGCAGGAUCUUGAAGGGGCCUGUGGCAUUACAGAACUCCAUGACGCAUUGUCUUUAUCUGAAGUUGGUGACGAGAGGAAGCUGUUCAUCAUUGGAACGCAUGUGAAACUGAAUGGUUCAGAGGUUCCCUCAAGUGUUCAGGAUGCCCGGGAGCUAAUCACACAACUGGUGGCAGAAAACAGAUGAAAUAUUAAUUUUUGAUUACAGUAUAAGGGUGAGACAAUAUGUGGUACGGCAAUCACUAAAUGUCUUUACCAAAGAGCUUCAAGAGCUUCCUUUUAAUAGAGUGAAUGUCACUUAAUCUUUAUAGCAGAUUGUUUGCAGAGAUACGACCUAAAUAGUUACAAAUGUGUGUUAGAAAUUUUGUCAACGGUUCAAUGUUUUGUGUUAAGUGAUUAACCACCAAAGGGGAAAAAAAAUAAAAUAAUUGUUUUGUUACAUAGCUGUAAAACACUGCAAAAUGCUUUAUUCUACAAAUUGUAAUUCUGUGUGUCGGGCAAGCCAAGAUGUAUUAAACAGGAUUAUUAUUCUAUUCAUUUCAAUGGCUUAUCUGCUGUGCUGCAUCCCAGCUAUGUAAAAACCUCUCACCAAUCCAGUUUCCCAAAUGUCUUCAGUCUUGUGACUCGCAACACACUGAGGGGGUGCCAUUAUUCAAAACAAUACAUCACCUGUCAGGGCUUACUGCUUAAAUGAAAAUAUACAAAAUCCGUGGGGUAGAGAGGAAAGUAGUGAGUGGCUUAAUGUGCUUCAGAGACCAGUCCUGGUCAGGCUGAGCCCUUGCCUCUGUUACUGUAGCUUCAUAAUGUCUGUUGAUUGGGUUGAGCGGGCGAAAAUAAGUGAUUGGCUUGAUAGUGGGAACAGCUGAGGCUUGUUGAUCUUCGGUACUCUUGGUUGAUAAGUGAGUUGCAGUGGUGCUGUAACAUUUGAAUUCAGCAUUUCAAAUUUGAAAUCUGUGAAUCUUUAAUUAUAUCAAAGCUACUGCAUUUUUGUGGUGUCUUAUUAAAAAUAAUAAUAAUUUGUGCCUAUUCACACAUGCAACAUAUGUUUGUUAUGUUACAAUACAUACGUUUUCAGUUUAUAAAACAAAAAUGUGCAUGAUGGCUUACGUCACAGUGGAAUUUUUCUUUUUUUUUCCUAUGGUGUUUGUGUUUUUAAGGUUACAACAUGACAAAGUAUUUCUAGAUUUGUAUUGUUAUUUUUUAGGUGUGAAACUUUAUCAAAUAAGUUUUAAGUUUAGUUGGACACUUUUUAAUAAAAGGUAACACAAGUUCUACAGUUCACAAAAUUAUACGAGACACUAGCAGAAACUAGUAACCAUUUACUAGAAUUUAGUGUGUGUUUUUUAUGUUUGGAAAUUUUUAAUUUUCCAUUUGAAUCUAUGGCUGUGCUAGAUGGCAACCAAAUGGCCUUGCCGUAUAGUAAAACUUCCCCAAAAAACAAGACUAGGUAGGAGACAUUUGUCACAUAAUAGACAAAACUAAGUUAACCAAUAUAACAUUUUCACAAACAGUACUUUUUAAAUAACACUGAAAAAUGUUGUUAACCGUUUCCAAUAAAAAUAUACAAAAAAAAAAAAAAUCUUAAAAUUGUUUUCCUAUAGCUGAUGAUGCGUUUAAGGGAAUAACUCUGUUGACAGGUUUUCAGUGGAGGUGCCUGUAUGUACAUCUUGGUCAUUAAGGUAAAACAAGCUUUUUGACAUACAGCAAAUUAAGGUCAAUUUUAGUCCAGUUAUAUGACGACACAGGUUAAGAAAGACUAAAAUAACUGUUUUUAUUAAAGGUAAUUGUGAAAGCAUUUGUUAUAACUGCCAUUUCAGUAUAUUCUUGGCAAGGGAUAGGAAUAUGCUGACACUUCUUGUUAGGGGCCAGAUGUGGUCAACUGGGAGAGAAAAAAAGCAUUUUUUUGGAAAUUUAUAAACAAACACUUGAAAACCUUUUCACACUUUGACUAAUUAUUUAAAUUAGGAAGGAAUGUGUAUAUAUAGACAUAAUUAUUUAGGCAGUUAAAGUGAGAAAAACCACAAAGAAAGUGAUUUCUAUAAUUUCUAAUCUUUCUAUUGAAAGAUAUAAAUGAGAGAUUUAGCUUUAUAAUAAAACAACAAAUUAUUACAUAAUAUGCAUAAAAUGAAAAAUAACAUGCAAAAACUAAUUUCAUACUUUGACAAAAGUAUUUGGGCAAUCAACAUAUUUCAUAUGAAGCCAGUUCGUUGCUAAUAACAAUUAUCAUGAUUAAAAAACAACACCUGAUGAUAAUUAUAGAAUACAUAAUAUUGGAAAUUUGUGAUUUAAAAAAAAAAAAAGCAACCAAA